AUGUCUGCAACAAAGCAAAUCAAAAUAGAUGAAGCGGAAAUGCAAAAAGCCUUUGAAUCUAUUGGUCAAGUGCAGAACGAAAUUGAUCAAUUAAAUGAACAAGCAAGUGAAGAAAUAUUACAAGUAGAACAAAAAUUUAACAAAUUACGUCAACCAAAUUAUAAAAAACGUUCUGAUUUAAUUAGUAAAAUACCCUCGUUUUGGAUAAGCGUAUUUCUCAAUCAUCCACAAUUAUCGACAUAUCUUGAUCAAGAUGAUGAAGCAAUAUUGCAACAUUUGAAACGUGUUGAUGUCGAAGAACAUGAAGAUAUCAAAUCUGGCUACAGAAUUAAAUUUACUUUUGAUCAAAAUAAUUAUUUCGAUAAUGAUGUAUUGGUUAAAGAAUUUAAUAUUAAUGAAGCAAGUGAAACAACGUGUAAAACAACGGCGAUACGAUGGAAAAAUGAAGCAAAAAAUGGUUCAAAUAAAGAAGGUCGAAAACGUUCACAUGAUAAUGACAAUAGCUCAUUUUUUUCAUGGUUUUCUAAUACAAAUAAUCCAGGAGCGGAUGAAUUUGGUGAAAUUAUUAAAGAUGAUAUAUUUGUAAAUCCAUUACAAUAUUACUUAGCGGCUACAACCGAUGAGGAUGAAAAUAGUGUUGGAGAGAAUGAAGAAGAAGGAGAUUUAGAUAAUGAAGAUGCGGUAUGUAUUUUAUUUAUGUCCGGGAUAAACGUGUCUCAAACUAUAACAUCUAUUUUAGGAACCUGA